AGAGAGAGAGAGAGAGAGAGAGAGGGGAGAAAGAGGGAGAGAGGCAGUAAGCGAAUUAAAUAUGCUUUGCUGUUGUUUUGUAAGGUGGACCUUUGACACAUUUUGUCUUUUGAUUGUGUGUAUCUGUUGAUAACUGAUUAGUGAAAAAUGUGAAGACCAUGAAAAUGAAACAGGGAAAAUCUUAUACGGGCAUUUUACAGUAAAAUUCAGCAAGAAAUAAGUCAAAAAUUAAGUUUAUUACACUUUGUCAGCUAGAAUACUUUGUUCUGAUAGAUACCUCUGAUAACUGCUAAAUUGAAGGAAAACAAUACAGCAUUUGAACUUGACUGUGAAAUCAGCCCUUUACCUUCAGUGGUGAACUGUUCCUUUAAGAGAUGCAGAGUUGACACAUGGAUCAUUUCCGACUCAACGAGCAGUUUGACCUCACUGACCAAAGGCUGGGGUCUUUCAUCACACUUCUAAGGACGUGAACAGGUCAACAUUUUUUUUUAAACACAUAGACUGGAAUAAGUAACUUCAGCUUUAUAGCCUACAGCUGAAUUGAUCUCGUUGGAGUGCAUGAGGUCCAGUCCUUCGUGAUGACAGUGUGCAGGAGCAGCGGCUCUGUCACUUCUCUUUUUCUCGCAGUGGUUCUAUCCCUGGUGGCUCCGGGUCAGUCAGGAUGUCGGGAUGCGGGUCUGUGCUGCACCGGCCGGGACCCGUCCUGUGUCAGCAGAGGAUGGAGGUCUGACCGCUCCUACGGUACCUGCUACUGCGACCAGACCUGCGUGUUCACCAUGGACUGCUGCCACGACUAUGAGACAGCCUGCCCAGCUGUGUCCUGUGUGGUGAGUGAAUGGACGCAGUGGUCCGGCUGUGCUGAGCCGUGCAAGGCCACAGUCCGCAGGAGGAGCAGGACCAUCGUGCAGGAACCGCACAAUGCAGGCAAACCCUGUCCCCACCUGGAGGAACAUGCCGGCUGUGCAGAGUACUGGACUCACGAAGGACACUGUCAUAACUCCCUAGUCCCAGCUCUCAUUACCAGCGGUGGCUAUGGCAACGCCAGGAAGAAAAGAGACAUCCCUGACAGCAGUGCCAUCAUAGGGUACUGUGUCCAGUUUCAGUUGACCUCUCUGACAAAAGGAUGCCAGCAGAGUGCAGACCCGCACACACAGUGGAUGCAGAACCUCAGGGAGGGGCACCGCGUGUGUGUUGAGUGCCAGCCGCCCGCUCUCGCCGCUGGACAGACGCACUGUGCCGGAGACGGAGUGGAAGAGGAAGAGAGCAGGAGAUGGUCUCUCCAGUGGCAGGCGGUGGGAAACCCUCGAUGCAGGGGAGCGUGGAGGCGUGUGGGGAGGCUGGAGGCGUGCUCCUGUCCAACAGCCCACAGCUUCCUUUUCAUCUAACCUCCUCCCUUCUGUAAGCCUCCCUCCUGCACAUAUUGACUCUGACACGUGUACAAAGAACAACCUGCCUGCACAGGUUCAUAACAGCCAGAAUUACAAACCUGUUCAGUUUAAUGAGGCUGAAUGUAGGCUAAGGAAAAUACUAUUUCUUACUCAGAAUAUAUCCAACUUACUUGCAUCAUACCAUACAACAAACAAAAAAAUUGAAUAUUUUUGCAUUAAAACAGCAGAUAAAGAAUAAAACAAUAAAAUGACAGUCAGAAAUUCCUAAGCAAAAUGUAAAGUGAUCUGGUUUAUUUAAUUUUGAGUCAUCCAAGGGAAAUUUUGCUUUCUUAAGAAAUAGAAAUAUCUUGAGACAUUGAGACACUUUUUUUUUUUUUUUUCACAUGACAAGUACUGGCUCUACUGGUGUAAAUCACAACCAGUCACAAUGCCAAAGUUACAACAUGCACUGAACAACAGAACAGUUAUACAGAAACAAUAGCAUAGAAAGUCAACAGGUAAAAAUUAGUUGUUGUUUUUUUGUUUUUUGUUUUUUACAAAACAGACAGCCUCGGGACCUACAAACAACAUUGUAUAAGAGCUGGCUAUAGGGUCGUUCAAAUAUCUUUUUUUCAAUUUCCCUGGAAACAGUGUACUUUAGAAAGACUGAUGGCUUAGGCAAGGUUGGGGUCAAUUCCACUGAGAGCUUGAAACGUAGAAAAAAUAUAGUUUGUUAUUAAUUGGUACUAGUUUUAAUUCAUCUCAUGCUAUGAUACUCGUACCUUUUUAUAGUAUCUUGUGUGAUGUGUAGUUACUCCAUCAAGGCAUCCUGAAUGGACCCCAACCCUAUAAUACAGUAUUAGAUUCAGAAAUUGUGAAAGGGCUACUUGCUUAUGCAGUUGUUCUCACUGGGUUUUGGAAACUACCACAUGUUCUUAAAGGGAGUUCUGUGGGGUUAGACCAAAAAAUAAAAAAUACUUCAACCUCUUUGAAGAUAAAUUUAGCAGCCAGCACGACAACAAAUUCUAUUUUAGGGUUUCAGCUAUGCAUUAACUGUACAGUUGGGAGUCUUGUAGUACAAAUGUUUGAGAAUCUGUGCUCUUCAUCUUGAAUUGUAUCAAUAAAAGAGAAAUAUAACAA